CCCUCUCCGCGACGUCACGUCCGGGCCGCGUUGACUAGGCGCCGUCGCGCGGGUGGGCGGCCUCUUUCUUUCUCCUCGAGGAGCGGCCAUGGCGGACACGCAGACCGAGAGAGCUUACCAGAAGCAGUCGACCAUCUUCCAGAACAAGAAGAAGAUUCUCCUGGGGGAGCUGACCAAGGAGAAGCUACCGCGCUAUACCCGCAGCGUGGGACUGGGGUUCAAGACCCCUCGAGAGGCGAUCGAUGGAACUUACAUUGACAAGAAAUGCCCCUUCACUGGCAACGUCUCGAUUCGGGGAAGAAUCCUGUCUGGUGUGGUGACUAAGAUGAAGAUGCAGAGGACCAUUGUGAUUCGCAGAGAUUACCUGCAUUACAUUCGCAAAUACAACCGCUUCGAGAAACGCCACAAGAACAUGUCUGUGCACCUCUCACCUGCAUUCAGAGAUGUGCAGGUCGGGGAUAUCGUGACGGUGGGAGAGUGUCGCCCCCUCAGUAAGACUGUCCGCUUCAACGUCCUCAAGGUCACCAAGGCAACCGGAGCCAAGAAACAGUUCCAGAAGUUUUAAAUCCACAGUCAGUAAAUCAAUCAGUCGAGCGAGCGAGCGAUAGAACCGCCCGCCUCACCGUGUCUGCUGGAGAGCAGGAUGAAAUAAAAACAAACCCCUAAUAAAACACA